AUGGCCUACAGUGGCCGAUUGAACGAGAAGCGACCCGCGAGCCCCGAAGUAGAAACUCAACUCAACUCGGCAGCGACCUCAAUCCGAGGCGGCAAGGAGGGUCACGAUGUUGAACACGGCCAUUCUCAUGUCGACAUCAACGAUCCCAAUAGACCCCGAUAUGGGCUCAAGCAGAGACUCCAUCACUUCACAUGGGCUUGGUACACGUUUCCCAUGAGUACUGGUGGUCUUUCAUUGUUAAUAUUCGCUCAACCACAUCAAUUCCCGGGCCUUCGGCAAAUCGGUCUCUUCGUCUACAUCGUCAACAUCAUCAUUUUCACCGUCAUUACUACUCUCAUGCUUACCAGGUUCCUGCUUCACCGAGGCGACUUGACUAAGUCCCUAUCUCACCCUCGAGAAGGCUUCUUCUUCCCGACAUUCUUCCUCUCCAUCGCCACCCUCAUCACGAGCACACAACGAUAUGCAAUUCCCGAGCAAGAUUUUGCCCUGACCUGGGCUAUCAAGACGGUCUUCUGGGGAUACGUCGUGGUAACGUUGAUGCUUGCGGUUGGCCAGUACAGCUUCGUCUUUGCAUCGCACAGCUUCGGACUACAAACCAUGAUGCCGACGUGGAUUCUACCCAUUUUUCCCAUCAUGCUGUCUGGUACAAUCGCGUCAGUCAUCGCCUCUACCCAGCCUGAUAUCGACGCCAUCCCCAUUGUGGUGGGCGGCUUGACAUGCCAAGGACUCGGUAUCUCUGUCUCCUUCAUGAUGUACUCUCACAUGGUCGGCCGCUUGAUGCAGGCCGGUCUGCCCAACCGUGAGCACCGCCCCGGUCUAUUCAUGUGUGUCGGACCCCCUUCAUUCACUGCCCUUGCGUUCAUUGGCAUGGCUGAUGGGUUGCCUGCCAACUUUGACCCCAACGGCGACGGCAUAAUAGACGCUGAGAUCAUCCGGAUAUUUGCCACGAUCGCCGCCAUCUUCCUCUGGGCUCUAGCUCUGUGGUGGUUCUUUGUCGGCGUCGUGGCCGUCAUCGCGUCUCCACCAAAGUACUUCCAUCUGGGCUGGUGGGCUAUGGUAUUCCCCAACACGGGCUUCAUCCUGGCGACCAUCUCGAUCGGCAACCAGCUGAAGAACGAGCCCGUCCUCUACGUUGCCAAUGGGCUUUCCGUGCUUUUGCUUUGCACCUACUUCCUCGUGCUCUACAACCUGGUACGCGCCGUCUGGUCACAAGACAUCAUGUACCCGGGUCGGGACGAGGAUGUCGAGGACCAUUAA